AUGGAGAAAGCUUUGAGCCAUAACGAAACGAAAUCAAUGUCUUUCCUGCGAGCCUUGAGCCAUAACCAAACGAAAUCAAUGCCUUUCCUGCAAAAUCACAGCCCACGUUCUUCUUCUAAUGCUGCAUCAAUCCGGGGCUCAAAUCCAUUCCGAAUCUCUGAGCAUAUCCCCCCAGAUAUCAUCAUUGAAAUCCUAACAAGGCUUCCAGCAAAAUCCCUUCGGAGAUUCGAGUGCGUCUCACAAUCAUGGCUUUCGUUGAUCUCAAGUCCUGAUUUUACAGAAGGACAACUCAGGUACCGUGCUUCUGUAGACAACAAAUCCCUAUUGGUGUUUUCCAAAGACAGCGAGGGUUAUUCUGCCAAAUAUUUUUCUAUUAACUCUCUGUUGAAUGAAAAGGAGGCUACUGAUGUAGUCCAAUUAGACCAUUGGCCGGCAGGAUUCACUCAUGAAUAUGUUACGAAUUUGGGCAGUUGUAACGGGUUGCUAUGUAUUGCUUCCAUAAGUCAAACUUCGUUCCCAUGGAUUCUACAUGCUAGAAAUUGUAACUUUUUCUUGUGGAAUCCCUCUGUUGGAAAAAUUAAGAUAUUGCCCAAUUUAGGUACUCAACUUAAUGACGAUUGCUGCUACGUUGGCUAUGGUUUUGGGUACGAUGAAGUUAAUGAUGAUUACAAAGUGAUGGGUAUAAUUUGUUCCCGGACAGCGCAGCGUACACUUUAUGUUUAUACGACGAAGACUGGAAUUUGGAGAAGAACUGCAGAAAAUUUUCAUGGUGAUAUCCCUUGGGAUUGUAGCCCUGGUGCAUUUGUGAACGGGAGACUCCAUUGGGCGUUAAAGAAAAGGACCAAUGGAUCUGAUGUUGUGUCUUUUGAUUUAGCAACGGAGAAAUUUGGGAUGCUGGAUGGACCUUAUCAUGAUAAUUCUUAUGCAUAUGUGAAGAUAUUUGAAGCUAGCCUCGGUAUGUUUGUUGACAAGGUUGAAGGUAACUCAGGAGUGUGUGAAGUUUGGGUUAUGAAGGACUAUGGAGUAACUGAUUCUUGGACUAAGGUGUUUGCACUACCAUGGAACAAGAACACCAGUAUGUUAUCAUGUUCCACCGUAUUUUGCAGAUUGGAUGAUGGUAAAUUUUGUUUGCUAUUAGAUGGUGUGCUCGGGCUCUAUAAUACAGAAGAUAAGUCAUUCAAGAAUCUGAAUGAUUUUCUUGGAAGUGCUUGGAUUGUAAGUGCCACUCCUUUCAUAGAAAGCCUGGUCAUGCCUAGCGCCACUGGCAUUGUGGAGAUGGAGGACAACCAGAAGAAUAAGGGCAAAGUAUUCUUUUCCGCGGUAAAGGAUACAUUGGUCAAGAAAUUAUCUAAUCUCCUCGACAAGUUCAAGUGA